UAAUUUAUCCGCAUCUCAGUGUUUAGGAAGAAGUCAUGUGAGCUUCCGAGCUGCGGGGACAGAGACAGUGGAGAACGUGUGCAUCAGUGCAGAGUGCUGCUGGAGCCCUGGCAGAGCGGGAGGGAGGCAGAGGGAGCCUGAGAGAGAAAAGGCGAAGUGGUGGGAGCUGGAACAGCAGCAACUGCUGCUGCUGCUGCACGGAGCAGCUCAUGCCUGGGAACCGGCUCUGCUGCCAGCACGCCUCUCUGAGGGCGCAGGUGCCUCACAUUCAAAAGUCCUAGGUGGUCAGUGGCACUUCCAGGAGCCAAGCACAGCGGCUUUAUUAUUUUCUUUUCCUGCAAAGAGCACCUGUUUGAGGACUCCGCUUCUUUUCCUGGACUGAAAGCUUACUUGCCUCCUGCUGGGUGCACUUUCCUCCUGGUUUCCCUCCUGCCUGUGGGGACUGUACCCCUAUGGAUGCCCCCAUACAGAUUUUCCGUGAGGAGCCAGACUCCACCUGCUCCCCAGGGCCCUGCCGACCUGCCAGCACCAGCAGCAGCUGGCUCCCGGGCUGGGCAGACUAUGACAGCAAUGCCACUGGGGCAUUUGGGGACGGCCAGCACAACAGCACCAGCAUCUCCCCUGCCAUUCCCAUCAUCAUCACUGCUGUCUACUCGGUGGUCUUCGUCGUGGGCUUGGUGGGAAACUCCCUGGUCAUGUUUGUCAUCGUAAGGUACACAAAGAUGAAGACAGCGACCAACAUCUACAUCUUCAACCUGGCUAUGGCAGAUGCACUUGUUACCACCACCAUGCCUUUCCAAAGCACCGAGUACCUGAUGAACUCCUGGCCCUUUGGUGAUGUGCUGUGUAAAAUAGUGAUUUCUAUUGACUAUUAUAACAUGUUUACCAGCAUUUUCACACUCACCAUGAUGAGUGUUGAUCGGUACAUUGCUGUCUGUCACCCUGUGAAGGCUCUGGACUUUCGUACACCUCUCAAAGCGAAGAUAAUCAACAUCUGUAUCUGGCUGCUGUCCUCAUCUGUUGGUAUAUCGGCAAUAGUUCUUGGAGGCACCAAAGUAAGGGAAGAUACCGCUAGCACUGAAUGCUCCUUGCAGUUUCCAGACAGAGAUUAUGUGUGGUGGGACAUCUUCAUGAAAAUCUGUGUCUUUGUCUUUGCAUUUGUUAUUCCAGUCCUCAUUAUAAUUGUUUGCUAUACCCUGAUGAUUCUACGCCUGAAAAGCGUGCGGCUUCUCUCCGGGUCUCGAGAAAAAGAUCGAAACCUGCGUCGCAUCACCAGGCUGGUUCUUGUGGUUGUGGCAGUUUUUAUUAUCUGCUGGACUCCUAUUCACAUCUUUGUGCUGGUGGAGGCCUUGGGGGACGUGUCCCACAGUACUGCUGCCAUAUCCAGCUACUACUUCUGCAUCGCUUUGGGUUACACCAACAGCAGCCUCAACCCAAUCCUUUAUGCGUUUUUGGAUGAAAACUUCAAGAGAUGCUUCAAGGACUUCUGCUUCCCCCUCAAGAUGAGGAUGGACAGGCAGAGCACCAGCAGAGUCAGAAACACUGUGCAAGACCCAGCUUACAUGAGGGAAGCAGGUGGGGCAAACAAACCUGUAUGACUAGUCGUGGAAAUGUCAUCUUACUGUCCUCAGGAGAGAGAGGAGUCCAACGACCUAGGACUGACGCAGAUUACCACUGCAGUUUGAAAUCGACUCACCCAGACAGACAUUUCUGGAAUAUUUCAGAAAUCCCAGCAGUUUCAGCUAAAGCAAGUUUAUUAUUGAUAAACAAGAACCGCCUGAAAAUGAGCUCAGAUGAAAAGGACCUGGAUGAUGGCCAGGUUUUGGCACAGUAUCUGUUGUACUCGAGCCAGCACUAAAACACGCUUUUGCAGAGUGAAGAGAUAGUGUUGCACCAGGUGAUUCUGGAUAACAGUAGUUCUGGCUCUUCUCUUUACAAUAUGUAACAUUGUAAUAAGCGACAUUUGGUCCUAAAAGAACUAUACCAGAAGCUUCUGCCCCAGCAGUGAUUGCUUCUAAAGUAGGAAGUUUGACAACCUCAUCCUCUUUAACAGUGUUAGGUUUCUGUGAACAAUGCCAGAACUAUAAUCAAUAUUGUCCUCAAUUAAUAUAUUCUGUAACCUUUGUUUGUGCUGUGAAAAUCCAACUUAAGCAUGAUCUACCUACACACCAAAGUGAUUUUAUUGUGUCUGUGUAUGAUAAAGCCUUUUGGCAUUCAAAAAUAUUGGAAUUUAAGGAAAAUUGUUAUCACAUGUUUGAUCACCUGUGUGUAAUGUUUUGUAUGUGUGAUUUUCCAAGGUGGUUGUUUCUUUAUUGAGUCUGAAUAAUAUAAUAUGCAUUUUCAGAGUGUAUAUUGAACAAGAGGCUAGAAAACUUCAAAUGCUUCAUCAAAAUUGAUGAAAAGCUGUGUUACAUUCAUUCCAUGGAGGAAACACUCUCAUGUUUAACUUGUUUUCCUGGACAAUAUGUAAGAAGGCUGAAAUAAAUAUUUGACAAAUUAGAAACAAGUGAAGUAGCACAUGAACUAACUGGAUUGAUACAAAGGAAAUUAAAUAUUACUGGAUGAUUUAAUGGCAUUUGAUGGAAAAAGUUUCUGGUUUAUUGAUGCUGAUAUGUUUUCUUUGAUACAGUCCAUUAAUUCAGUAAUUUUCUCUGUUUUCCUGUGAAGAUGGAGGUGUCAAGGCACAGCUAAAUAACUUACUAGCUUGCUGAAGAUAAGUUUAUGGUUAAACUGAGCCUAACUUCCAGUCUGCAGACUUUUGUCUUCCUGAAGUUAUAUAUUGCCACUCCCACUACUGCUGUUGAGGAAAUUUGGAGGAAUGCUCUCAUUGCCAUCACCCUGAACAGAUACACAGAUACAGAUAUAUAUCUUGUUAAUUUUGUUCUUUUGAAAAAUAAACUAUAAGGUGGGUGCCUUCACUUCAUGGCAAAUUUUCUCAGAAACACAAUCUGAUUUGGUCCUAACAAACCAAAAAUGCUUUAUGCACACCAGCAUAAAUAAGGAGUUUGUUCUUGGACUAGCUGGCAGUCCAGUUCUGGAGGAAAUGCUGAAGAUAUUCAGCCUUCUGCAGGACUUCCAUAUACUUUAUUGUUAAUACAGUCAUAUAUAUCAAAUAUUUUUGACACCAGGUUGAUAAAUGCUGUUAUUGUUGAAAUAUUCAAGGUAACUCUUUCUGAACAAGUCUAGUGCUUUCUGAUUUUUUUCUUCGUGAAGAAUGAAUAGCUGACCUCAGGAUGCUUGCUUCACCUGAGAAAAUGAAUGAUGUUCACACAAUGUUGAGUGAGUCUCAUCUCCUAUUCUGUCAUUCAUUCAUUUUUUUUAAUAUGCAUCCACCUUUCUAAAUUAAGUCCUGACCUUUAAAUGGCCACAAAAAAAGAAUGUUUAAGGCAAAAAUUGAAAAUCCAAGGUGUUUAUCAAGUUAGGAGCAAGUGAAAUGGGAAAGAACUAGAAUCUAAUGAACUAUUUUCAUUCAAAAUAACCAGUGUUCUUGUUCAUGACUUAAAAUUUGCAUAUGUAUGUCUGUGCUUGAAUAGAGUUUUUGUUCUACACAUUAUGUGCAAUGCUCUGCAUUGUAAUGAAAAAUCACUGUUCUUAAUUUGCAAAAAGGAGGCUUCUAAUAAUAUUUUUUCAGGUUUAUGUUUUUAAGAAGGAGAUCAUAAUUUCUAUCACAGUGGGAGGAAGGUAUAACUUCCUAACAAUUAAGCUUGCAAAAUGUUGUAAGAAUGUGUCCUAAAGGUUUAUUUCUAUCAUGGAUCAUUAACAGCCAAAUUAGUCUGAAUGCAGUAGAAAGAUGUCUCGGAAGUUUUCUUGUCAAAUUGAGCAGCUUUUAAAGCUACACUUCACUGAACAACAGCAGAAAACUGGCCAAGGUAUCUUUAGCACAUGAGGAAGAGCAUUAAAAAUGAUACUAUGGUUUUGCUCACAGAAUCUGACUCUAGAUGACUGAAUUCCCAUUGCAAAGCACUUCACAUUCUUUGUGACUCCAGGCCAAUGACUUGCCUUGUCACUUGCGCUGGCUCCAGGAGGCAGCAAGAGGUGAAGGCAGGGUAGGAGCUGGCCCAGGAGUAGGUCUGGGUGGGGAAUGGGGCAGCAGGGACAGCAGGGACAGGCUGUGCUGUCCCACGGGCCCUGGAGGAAGGAAACAUGUGGCAGACACGCAGGCAGCCUGGGAAUUAGUUGUACUUGCUGCAACCACUCUUACCUCCCUUUCUUUCUGGAGGUUCCAAAAAUUCAAUACUGCAAAAGCAUGGUCAUGGACCUGCUUGUGGGCCUAAACUCCAGUCAAUCAACUAGUGUGCACAGUUAACAUCUCACUUUCUGUGUUUUCUGCUUCUUUUAACUGAGAAAUCUUUUAUUUGGAAAAUAUACUUGGUGUUCUGGUUCAGGACAGAACAACAGAUGGCAGAGAAAUAAUGCUCAGAUGCUGAGAAACCCCAAGUUUUGUUAAUGAGCAAUACCUCAACAUGCUGAGAAAUUCAGAGGAAAACUGAAAAUUACAUUUUUUUCCUGUGAAAGGCAAAUAUGAGCCAGAAUUCCUCUUGGUUCUGGUAAAUUAAUGAAGUCUUUGCAAAGAAGACAGGGAGAUUGUGCUGGGAUUUUUAUUUUCCUUAAUUGUUUAUCAGUUCUUAAUCAAUCAUUGUAAAUAUAUGGCUGUUUUCUUCCCAUUGAAGUUUUUUCUUCAGAAAAAAUGUGGAUUCAGCAAAAAUUAUUGAGUUUGUGAUAACUUAUGUAAUCUGUCAAAUAAAAAAAAUUAAUUGUGCCUGGAUAAUUUUUAACAGCAUCU